AUGGAAUACAAUGGUGGCAGUGUCAUUGCCAUGAAAGGCAAGAACUGCGUGGCCAUUGCCUCCGACCUCCGCCUCGGCAACCAGGCCCUGCUUCUCUCGACACAGUUCGACAAGGUAUUCAAAAUGACGGACCGCACAUACGUUGGCUUGCCAGGCCUUGCUACCGAUGUAGCUACUCUCCGUGAAAAGUUCCGAUACCGUCUCAAUAUGUACCGCAUGAAAGAAGACCGCGAUAUUGAACCUGAGACGUUUGCGCACCUCAUGAGCUCGACGUUGUAUGAGCGACGAUUUGGCCCUUACUUUAUCGAGCCUGUCGUAGCAGGCCUUAACUCCAAAAAUGAGCCGUUUAUUGCGGCAUCUGACCUAAUUGGGUGCUUGAACUUUGCGAAAGACUUUGUCGUGAGUGGCACGGCCAGCGACCGCUUGUUUGGUAUGGCAGAAGGUUUAUGGGAGCCGGAUUUGGAGCCGGAAGACCUGUUCGAGACGAUUUCACAGACCAUGCUUGGUGGUAUUGAGCGCGACGCGCUUUCCGGUAUGGGUGUCAUUGUGCGCAUUAUCACACCCGACAAGGUUAUUGAGCGGACACUCAAAUGCCGUAUGGACUAA